AUGGACACAAAAAAGAAGAUCCGGUUGGCCUUUAAUCAGAAAAGAACGUUAACGGAAGCGGAAAAGGUUAACGACGACAAAAUGGCGAUGGCCGACUAUGAAGAGUAUUGGCCAUCUAAAAUGCAAGUGGGCAAGGAGCAUCCCGUUCCCGUUGUGGAGACAACAUCCCUGGGUUCCGUGGAGCCAUGUGAUAUAUAUUACCAACUGGGUAUACCCCAGGCACCGAUCCAAAGCGGUGAACUAAGCUGCAUGCAGUUGGAGACUAUAACGUAUGCCGCGCAGGCCCAUGACCACGUGCUGCCGGACGGCAGUCGUGUGGGCUUCUUGAUCGGCGAUGGCGAAGGAGCGGGCAAGAAUCGCACCAUUGCCGGCAUUAUCUAUGAGAACUGGCUGAGGGGACGGCAAAAGGGCAUCUGGAUAACUGUGUCCAAAUUUGUCCGACCGGAUAUUUUGCGUGAUCUUGCCGUUAUCGGAGCCACGCAUAUCUAUAUCCGUGAAUUGAAGGAUUUCAAAUACGAAAAAAUCAGCUCACAGGUGUUUCACGAUUGCGGCAUGAUCUUUUGCACAUAUUCAUCGCUGAUUGAGGAAUCGGACGACACGACCGGCAAGUAUAGCACGCGCUUCGGCCAGCUUUUGGACUGGUGCGGCCAGAACUUUGAUGGCCUGAUUAUCUUUGAUGAGUGCCACAAGACCAAGAAUCUGUGUCCUUUUGACUCGGAAGAGCCCACAGUGAUAGGUCAAGCUGUGCUCGAUCUGCAAGGGCAGCUACCCAAGGCCAGGGUGGUGUAUGCCUCCGCCAUGGGUGUCACGGACCUCAAGAAUAUGGGAUUCAUGGUGCGUUUGGGCUUGUGGGGAUAUGGCAAGCACACAUUUUGUUGCUUUAAUGACUUCUACACAGCUAUGGAGAGACAUGGCGGUAGUGCCAUCGAGAUUGUGGGCAUGGACUUGAAGGUUCGCGGUCUGUAUAUUGCCCGUCAGCUGGGCUUCGAAGGUGUCAGCUUCCGGAUCGAGGAGAUGCCUGUGACCAAGGAGUUCCUGAGAAUCUACGAUCAAUCCGUGCAGCUCUGGGUGGAAGCCCUCCAAAAUUUCAAAGAAGCAGCAGAAAUCGUCGGUACCAAGCGCGGCCUGAGGAAGAUCAUGUGGGGACAUUUUUGGUCAUCGCAUUAUCGAUUCUUCAAGUAUCUGUGGCUCGCCCCGAAGGUCAAACGUGCGAUCCUGAUGGCCCGCGAGUGCAUCAAGUAUGGCAAGAAUGUGGUCAUUAGCCUGCAGUCGACGAGGGGCAUAGUCGAGGAUAGAUUAGUGCCGGAUGAUGUUGCGACAAUUGACUUUGUGUAUAGCGCCAAAGGCGUCUUUCAGUCUCUUGUGGAACGUCAUUUUCCUUUGCCCAGUCGCAAUAUGAUCAAUUUCAUGCGCCGCAUAAAGGAUGAUUCGUCCUCGCAGCCUGAGUCUUCCUCAACGGACAAUAACAACAACAGCUCUGAAGUGGUGAACAAGCAGAUGGGUGAAGGCACCAGUAAUGGCAAGACCAAGAAGCGCAGCGCUGGCGGAAGCGACAGGAACGAGGAGGAUGCGGAUGAUGAGGCCGAAGAGGAUGACGACGACAAUGAUGAUAAGGACAGUGAUAUGGCCAUCGAUGACAAUUUAAAUCUCUCCUCCAGCAGCAGUGAUGUCACAAAUGAAAAUAAGAAACUCAAGCUAGAACAGGAAACAGAAGCGGCUGCUACAUCCAGCACCUCCUCCAGCACCAUCACCAUCGAUGCCAUGUCAGCCGCUGAGACCUCCUCUACAAAUAUCGCCAAUAGAGUCAAAUCCGAGUUACGCAGGCGCAAAAAUGCCAUCCUGAGUGUCUACACCAUAAAACACGAGCUGUUGCGGAAAAUUGAACUCUUGGGUUCAAUUUUGCCGUCAAAUUCAAUUGAUCAGAUUAUCGACGAACUCGGUGGCACCGAAUUUGUGGCCGAGAUGACGGAGAGGCGAGGUCGUUUCGUCGAGAACGAUGAUGGUUCCUUAAAGUACAAUAUGCGCAUUAACUCCCGUGCGUCGGUGGAUUUGCUGAAUAUAAAGGAGAAGAAUGCCUUUAUGCUUUACAAAAAUGCUGCCAUUAUAUCGGAGCCGGCCACUGGUGGUAUCCCCCUUCACUGCGAUCGUCGGAUGUCUAAUAAGCGGUCUCGAGUGCACAUCACGCUGGAGCUACCCUUGUCCGUCAACCAGGCAGUACAGCAAUUUGGACGCACACAUCGCACUAGUCAGGCCCAUUGCCCUCAGUACAUCUUUAUCAUUUCGAAACUAACUUGGGAGCAACACUUAGCUGCCUUGGUGGCCACGCGUUUGGAGUCACUGGGUGCCAUCAGCCAUGGCGAUCGACGGUCCACCGAGGCCAGUGAUAUCUCCAAAGUCGAUGUGGACAACAAAUACUGCAAACAGGCUCUGGAGGUGAUGAUGCAUACCAUAUUGGGCUAUGUAACGCCACUGGUUCCACCUCCCGCGGAUUAUAGCGGCGAAUUCUUUAAGGAUAUCGCUGGCGCCUUGAUGGGCGUGGGCAUAAUCAUGAAGAGCAAGGUCGAUUCGGGAGAACUCGGCGUGAUAAAAGACUACAAGAACUUAUCAAAGUUUUUUAAACGCAUUCUCGGUUUUCCGCUGGACCUGCAGGAGCGUAUUUUCAAAUAUUUUUCCGACACCAUGUCAGCCAUCAUGCAUCAGGCGAGGCGCGCCGGUAACUUCGAUCAUGGCUCUGUUGACUUGGUUGCUGGGGAGGAGAAUGUGACCCGCUUGCGUCUCAUUCGCUUUCAGCGACGUAAUGCCACCGGAGUGGCGUUCACGGACCUGCAUACGAUAAUAGUGGAUCGCGGCAUGUUCUUUCAGGAUGCCCUUUGCAAAUAUGCCGAUCUAUAUCACGAUUACGAGGGUUUCUACCUAUCCCAUAAGUCGCGUAAUCACAGGCGCUCUGUCAUUAUGGUGGUGCUCUUUUCAAAUACCGAAACGAGCGCCGAAAGCAGUAUCAGUAGCAGCAACAGCUCUGGUGAAGAUUCCGAUAAUUCCAAAAAGAAGAAGGAGCCGCGUAACAAAAAGGAAAUCAUGUGCCAGGUCUACAGACCGAAUACUGGCCUGCAGGCGCGUCUUGAGUCGCUAUAUGAUCUGGAGAAGAAGUAUCGUAAGGUGCGAAUAACGGAGGCGGAGUCUCAUUGGACAGAGCAGUAUAAUAUCUCGGUAAAUACGUGCUCUCAUGCCUAUUGGAAUGUCACCUGUCGGAAUGUCACUCUGGGCAAUGAUUGUGAGGUGGGCAUGCGUCAGCGCCUGUAUCAUGUCCUGGCCGGUUCCGUGCUCUCCAUAUGGGGCCGCAUUAUGAAAAUACUGAAUACGCAUUCCAACGGCAAGGUCCAGCUGAUACGCAUCCAGACGACCGAUGAAGAAAUUUUUGUGGGCACCAUGAUACCCAAGUCGUGCUUCGAGCCGUUGAUGAGCGAUCUAAUCACCGAUUCCGAGGAAAAGGAGGAGUACUACUACUGAGCGUACCCAUUCGU